AAUACUAUAGGAGUAGUUUUUCGUGCGUAAACGGGAUAGGUCCAAAUUCUUAGGAGUUGUGCUUCACUUUGAGACUGAGCAGUUUAUUUGGAGGUAGUGUCCUGGGUUUCUUUGCCUCCGCCCUGCGGUGCACGGAUUACAAUGCAAAGGAUUUUGGAGGUUUGGGUCACCCUGGUGACACUUUGUGCGCUCACCGAGGGGGUCUUUGGAGGAUACGGGCUGAGCAUGUUCGCUGCACAGUCCUCCCCUCCGGACCCGUGCUAUGAUGAGAACGGGAACCCGAGGAGAUGCAUCCCGGACUUCGUCAACUCCGCUUUCGGGAAGGACGUGCGCGUCUCCAGCACCUGCGGGACCCCCGCCGCCAGGUACUGCGUGGUGACCGAGAAGGGAGAGGAGAGGACGCGGGACUGUCACACGUGCGACGCCGGAGAUCCCAAGAAGACCCAUCCACCUGCGUACCUCACAGACCUCAACAACCCUCACAACCUCACCUGCUGGCAGUCUGAGAACUACGUGCAGUACCCGCAGAACGUCACCCUCACCUUGUCGCUUGGAAAAAAGUUUGAGGUCACCUAUGUGAGCCUGCAGUUCUGCUCACCUAGACCUGAGUCCAUGGCGAUCUACAAGUCCAUGGACUACGGCAAGUCAUGGGUGCCGUUCCAGUAUUACUCUACUCAGUGCAAGAAAAUGUACAACAGGCAGAAUAAAGCAGCGAUCACCAAGCAGAACGAGCAAGAAGCCAUCUGCACGGACUCCCACACGGACAUGCACCCUCUGACAGGUGGACUCAUCGCCUUCAGCACCCUGGACGGCAGACCGUCCGCGCACGACUUCGACAACUCCCCGGUGCUGCAGGACUGGGUGACGGCGACCGACAUCAAGGUGAUCUUCAGCCGGCUUCACACGUUCGGAGACGAGAACGAGGACGACUCGGAGCUGGCCCGAGACUCCUACUUUUACGCAGUGUCGGACCUGCAGGUCGGAGGACGGUGCAAGUGCAACGGGCACGCUUCGAAAUGCGUCAAGGACAGAGAGGGGAACCUGGUGUGUGAGUGCAAACACAACACGGCGGGACCGGAGUGCGACAGGUGCAAACCCUUCCACUAUGACCGACCAUGGCAGCGCGCCACGGCCCGGGAAGCCAACGAGUGUGUCGCCUGCCACUGUAACCUGCAUGCCCGUCGCUGUCGUUUCAACAUGGAGCUGUACAAGCUGUCAGGCCGGAGAAGUGGCGGGGUCUGCCUCAACUGCCGUCACAACACGGCGGGACGCCACUGCCAUUACUGCAAGGAGGGCUACUACAGGGACAUGACCAAGUCCAUCUCUCACCGAAGGGCUUGCAAAGCAUGUGACUGCCAUCCCGUUGGAGCAGCAGGGAAGACAUGUAACCAGACAACAGGCCAAUGCCCCUGCAAGGACGGAGUGACAGGAAUCACCUGUAACCGAUGUGCCAAGGGCUACCAGCAGAGCCGCUCUCCCAUCGCCCCCUGCAUCAAAAUCCCAGUUGCAUCUCCCACAGCAACUUACACCAGCUAUGAGGAGCCGUCAGAUUGUGAUUCCCACUGUAAAGCUUCCAAGGGAAAGAUGAAGAUCACCAUGAAGAAGUACUGUAAAAAAGAUUACGCUGUCCAAGUGCACGUUCUAAAAGGAGACAAGGCGGGCGAGUGGUGGAAGUUCACAGUCAACAUCAUUUCUGUCUACAAACAAGGUGAGCACCGCAUCCGCCGCGGAGACCAGCUGCUGUGGGUGCGUGCCAAGGACGUGGCUUGCAAAUGCCCUAAGAUCAAGCCUGGGAGGAAAUACCUGCUGCUGGGUACAGACGACGACUCCCCCGGGCAGAGCGGCGUGGUGGCGGACAAGGGGAGCCUUCUCAUCCCGUGGAAAGACCUGUGGGGCCGCCGGCUGAGGAAGUUCCAACAGCGUGACAAGAGAGGAAAGUGCUAA